UGGCGGCGAAGAUGCAAGGCUGGUUUAAUCGCGACGAGGAUGGCAAGGUGAUCAUAGACAGCAAUGGGUUUGUCACGAUCACCUGCGAAGGUAAUGAGGAAAAUGUAGUCUUUCAACUGCAUAUAUCAGAGAUCGACGAGAAAGCCGAACAGAUGUGCUUCAAUGUCAAUGGCAAAGACAUAUAUAUUGAUGUUGUUCCAUUUGAAACAAAUGAAAAUGAUUCCGAGGGUGAUAAGAUCAUGAUUGAAUCAGAGAGCAAGGAGUCCAAGGAAGAAAAGUUUAAUAAUACUCCAACAACAAGUAAAAAUGGAAACGCAAUUUUUCCUUGGUGCGACGCCUCGACAAAGAUCUUCUUGAGAGAGUACAAACUGAAAAAGGAAUUAGUAAAGCAUCGAAAGUUAAAAAAUAUGAAGAGGGCAUAUCAGGAAAUAGCCUAUAAUUUGGCGGAGAAUGGCUUUAACGUAUCGCCCUUGCAAGUGGAAAAUAGAUACAAAACGCUUAAACGUGCUUAUAAGAACAUGAUAACGCACAACAGGAGGAGCGGGAGAGGAAAAUAUAUCUGCAGUUACGAAGAUGAUCUGGUUGAGAUAUUUUCCAAUGAUAUAUAUGACACGAAAAUGAAUGAUGAAGAUGAUGCAAAGGACCCAAAGGAAACACUUUCACCUAUUACUCAAAAAAAUAAUUCGUCUAGUGAGACGUUUCGUUUGAAGACUCUUCAACAUAAUGCCAGAUUGGAGGCUCAGAAUGUGAAGAUAAUUGAGAAUCUACAAAGCUGUCAGCGUUUAUUGAAGAAUUUAAUCACUUCUUUGGAUAGUAAAAAUAAAAAUUCCAAUUACGUACCAAGUGGAGUCUUGCAGAUAUGCAUGGAGAUGCGGGAUAUACAAAAAGAGGCAAGUGCACGUACAGAAGAACAAAGGGAGAAGGCUAAGGAACAGAGAGAGAAGAGGAAUAACUUACUGGAAGAAAUUGUAACGAUUCUUAAGUCUAGAAAAGACACGUAAUACAAUCCAUAUCAGACAAGUGUUGGACUCAUCCUCAAUAGUUAUAGAAUAAUAGAAUUUAUUUAUUCUUUUAAAUGCAAAGAGAUAACUUUCUUGUUGUGUAUUUUUAUAAUUUCAUCACACGAUUAAUACACAUUGCCUUCCUAGUAAAGUUUGUUCUGUGUACAUUAUAAUAGAUUUCAUUAUAAUAUAAUAGAAUUUUUAAGAACAAUGAUUAUUGUAUAUUCAAUGAUAUUGAGGUUAUGUCAUGGAGCUAGUGUGAAUAUUUUUAUUAUAGUCAAGCUACAUACAUUUUAUAUAAGGUGGCUUUUAUUUUUUACAUGAGUUUUAAAUUCUGCCGUGACUAUUGUGGCAAAAUUUUAGAACACCACUGAAGAAUCAAACAUCACAGAGGACAGAUUAUUACUACGACGGCAGUCAAAGUGUUAACUUGUCUAGCGAGAUGAUUAUAAAAAAUAGAUAAAAAUAAUUGUAUACUUAUUAAUACAAAAAGUAUCAAGUAAAAUUUUCAUCUGUAAAUCUAAGUUACACAUGAGGAUCAAGAUUUAGGGGCUCAUUCUGUAACUUAACUGUACAAGCACGCGAUCAGACUAGAGAUUGAUUUUCUUUCUUCUGAUUAAAUUCCAACGCAAUCUGAAUCUCUAGUCUUACCUUUUACAGUUAAGAAUUAUAGGCUCCUACAAAGUCUAAAAAUUCUGCUCACUACAAAUCAACCACUUUUUUUGUCUGUCACCACUAAUUUAAGUUACUUUACUGUAAAGAUAAAAUUAGAUUAAGAUAA